UACCCGGAAAUAAUGGAAAACAUAAGAGUCCGUAAAAGUACGAACGACUGCGCCAUUUGCUUGGAAACAAUUCAGGAGAAGAAGACAUUGAAGUGCUCUCACUCCUUCUGCUCGGCGUGCAUCGACUCGGUGUUCAAGCUUAAACCCGCUUGUCCGCUAUGCAACAGCUACCAUGGAGAGUACACGGGGACCCAGCCCGAGGGCACGAUGACGGUGACCCACAGCUGGCAGCGCCUGCCUGGCUUCGAGCACUGCGGAACCAUUGUCAUACAGUACAGUUUUCCUGCAGGGACGCAAGGGCCUGAACACCCAAACCCUGGGGUGAGGUACAGCAGCACCUCUCGUACUGCCUUCCUGCCAGCCAGCGAGGAUGGUGAAAAAGUCCUGAAGCUGCUGAGGAAAGCCUUCGACAGGAGAGUCACCUUCACCAUCGGACAAUCUGUCACCACAGGCCUCAACAACGUCAUCACCUGGAACGACAUUCACCACAAGACCAACAUGGCUGGUGGUCCACAAUGUUUUGGAUAUCCAGAUCCAGAAUAUUUGUUCAGGGUUCAAGAGGAGCUUCGUCUUAAAGGAGUAACACAGGAUGACUGAUGGGUGAAGACAAUCAGGAGACAUUCUUCAAAUAGAUUGGACUCUUUGUAUUGUUACAAAGGCUCUGAUGUUGUGCAGUCCUCAAGCAGGAAUCAUCAUCACUGAGAUGUUUUUAUUCUCUGAAGGUUAAUGGCUUUUCCCAAAUAGUUUUAAACUGUCAACCAACUGUAAAAAAGAAAAAGUGAGUAUGAAGGGUAUGUAAUCCAACAAAACAAGGAUUGCAGGACAGUGGAUGAAUAAAGCAGAUUAUUCUACUAAUCAUCAGAUUACGAUCAUGUAAAUGUCUUUUGUAAUGCUGGAUCACAGGUCUGGGGCCUAAAAUCAGACAAUAAACAUAAAGGGGACACAGAAUGAA